AGGUUUUUGCUAAGGGGGAGCGAUGUCUGCGACGCACCGGAAGCGGCUCCGAGGAAGGAGUGAAGGAGACGUGUCUGUCUGUGAGGCGCUGGGUGCACUUCCCCAGGUCUCUGGGCUAGGAAGGCAGCGGCUAGGUGCCUCCCCAAGUACCCUUUGCGGGCCCAGCCGAGCAGCGUGGGGCGAAGGCGGCGGCGAAGGCCCGGGCUGGGAGCGUUGGCGGCCGGAGUCCCAGCCAUGGCCGAGUCUGUGGAGCGGCUGCAGCAGCGGGUCCAGGAGCUGGAGCGGGAACUUGCCCAGGAGAGAAAUCGGCGGGUCCCGGGGAGCGGCGAAGGAGGGGGCGGCCGGGUCCGCAUCGAGAAGAUGAGCUCAGAGGUGGUGGAUUCGAAUCCCUACAGCCGCUUGAUGGCAUUGAAACGAAUGGGAAUUGUAAGCGACUAUGAGAAAAUCCGUACCUUUGCCGUAGCAAUAGUAGGUGUUGGUGGAGUAGGUAGUGUGACUGCUGAAAUGCUGACAAGAUGUGGCAUUGGUAAGUUGCUACUCUUUGAUUAUGACAAGGUGGAACUAGCCAAUAUGAAUAGACUUUUCUUCCAACCUCAUCAAGCAGGAUUAAGUAAAGUUCAAGCAGCAGAACAUACUCUGAGGAACAUUAAUCCUGAUGUUCUUUUUGAAGUACACAACUAUAAUAUAACCACAGUGGAAAACUUUCAACAUUUCAUGGAUAGAAUAAGUAAUGGUGGGUUAGAAGAAGGAAAACCUGUUGAUCUAGUUCUUAGCUGUGUGGACAAUUUUGAAGCUCGAAUGACAAUAAAUACAGCUUGUAAUGAACUUGGACAAACAUGGAUGGAAUCUGGGGUCAGUGAAAAUGCAGUUUCAGGGCAUAUUCAGCUCAUAAUUCCUGGAGAAUCUGCUUGUUUUGCGUGUGCUCCACCACUUGUAGUUGCUGCAAAUAUUGAUGAAAAGACUCUGAAACGAGAAGGUGUUUGUGCAGCCAGUCUUCCUACCACUAUGGGUGUGGUUGCUGGGAUCUUAGUACAAAACGUGUUAAAGUUUCUGUUAAAUUUUGGUACUGUUAGUUUUUACCUUGGAUACAAUGCAAUGCAGGAUUUUUUUCCUACUAUGUCCAUGAAGCCAAAUCCCCAGUGUGAUGACAGAAAUUGCAGGAAGCAGCAGGAAGAGUAUAAGAAAAAGGUAGCAGCACUGCCUAAACAAGAGGUUAUGCAAGAAGAGGAAGAGAUAAUCCAUGAAGAUAAUGAAUGGGGUAUUGAGCUGGUAUCUGAGGUUUCAGAAGAGGAAUUGAAAAAUUCUUCAGGUCCAGUUCCAGACUUACCUGAAGGAAUUACAGUGGCAUACACAAUUCCAAAAAAGCAAGAAGAUUCUGUCACUGAGGUAACAGUGGAAGAUUCUGGUGAAAGCUUGGAAGACCUCAUGGCCAAGAUGAAGAAUAUGUAGAUAAUGGACUGGGAUAUAUUUUAUUUCUCAUGUUAAAGCCUCUUCCCUUGAAAUUAAAAAAAAAAAAAUUUUAACUGAUAAAACUUAGGGCAACAUUUAUUAAUAUAUAUUCUUACCUGAAUUGUUAACUUUUUGAAAAUCCUGUGACUUGCCUAUUUCUCCCCGCUCCAGUGAAAUCAUUGACUCUCCUAAAAUGUAUGUUUCAUUCUAGUAAGAAAACCUCAAAGGAUAUUGUAGGAUAUAAAUCUUACUUGAAAACACAGCUGUUGAAAUGUUUUGGCCUUUUGGAGUGGGGAAAGGACAAAUCUGAUCCUGUAAUCUUUUUCUUUCCAGUAAUACCUUGUGUCUGUUGCAUGAGGACAUGGACAAUAAAGCAGUACAUGAUUCUCAGAUACAGGGAGAAGGACAAGGCAUACAGCUUAUUGAUUAGAGCUGGCAAGCAUCUGCUCAUUAUGUUUGGAAUUGCUUUCUAUAAGAAAAUUUCCCACUUGAUCAACAAUGAAUUCAAAAUAGCUAAUCUAUGAAAUAACAUCCUCUCAAAUGUUUGCUGAUGAAAUACAAGUUGAAAUGUAGUUAUUGGAAAAGUCUGUAACCUGUGGAUUAUAUAUAUUCAAAGUGAGACAAAGGCAAAUAAAAAGCAGCUAUCUUUAUGAAUAGACAAAGUUGAUUUCAGGAAGUAUACAUUAUAUUCUGCACCGACCCAGGAAUAGAAAUUAUUGCAUCUGUGGAGCAUAUAUCUGGAGUUACUAUACUUUACUGAAGAGCAAGGCAUAAAUUUAGACUAAAAUCCACCCAGAUUACACUCAUUCUUUAGGCCACUCCUGGAUACUUCAUUUAAAUUUGAUUCUUGAGGUAACGAGAUGUCAGCAAGGUUUGUCCUGUAUAUUAGGCAUAAAGGAAAAGUUCUAAACUGCCUCUCCAAUGACUGUAGUCAGUGGUAGAGUAUCACUUUCCCUGAUCAUGACCACUAAACUGUAAAUUGAUUGAUAUAAAUUAGUUUUCUCUGGAGUUACAUCCAAGUAAUGAAGACUUAAGAUAACCUUGGUUGAAAUAAAUUUCCAAUAAUUUGGAGACUCAUAAAUACCAUGCAGGUGUAACCACUGCCAGUAGGCUGUUUCUAUGCUUAUUUCCUAUUUUGACUUUUACGUUGAAGAUAGGAAUAUCUAAAUUAUAUCUCUAGGGAGAAAAUGUUGUAAAAAAUUAAAAGUGCAUCCCUGAUUUGUAAAAUAAAGUUCAAAAAACUGAUUUCA